AUGUCGAAGCACAGUUUGGAAGAAGACCUUAAGCCAAAGUCGGUUUACUUCAAUCGCAGAAGAAGUAUGUUUGAGCUAACGAAAAAUUGUCUGGUAGAAUCUCCAAUCCUCUUGCUGGGAUUGCCAAAGUCGAUCUCUACGAUCGCGUGCUUCGCUUCUGCCAGGAAUUUGGAUUCGAAGACCGUAUCGAAACAUUUCAGAAAAGGGGCGCUUGCAGCACAGAACCCAAACAACUUUGAGGACUUAUCCGAAUUGACCGAGGAGGACAAAUAUCAUUUGAGGCGAGAGUAUACCCACAAAUGGCACUUACCAAGGGCCCUCUAUUUCAGUAUUGGCUUGUGCUCUCUUGGAUCAGCGAUCCAAGGAUGGGAUAACACUGGUGCAAAUGGCGCCAAUCUUUCUUUUCCACAAGAAUUUGGCAUUGAAGACAAUGCGUGGUUGGUUGGGGUCAUCAAUUCUGGUGCGUGGGCAUCAGACCCUCUGAAUAAUUGGCUGGGUCGUCGGGGCACUAUAUUCGUGACCGGCUUGUUCUGCGUGUUCCCUGUUCUUGCGCAAGGCUUUACCCAAAACUGGUGGGGCCUCAUGCUGUGCCGUCUAUUCAUGGGACUCGGUAUGGGUGUUAAGAUAUCAACAAUCCCGGUGUUUAGCGCCGAGGUCAGUCCGGCCUCUAUUCGAGGUGGACUGGUCACAAGUUUCCAGCUUUGGGUGGCAUUUGGAAUUCUAGUUGGAUUUUGCUCUAAUCUCGUAUUCUACCGCAUUGGACCACUGGCUUGGCGCUUUCAACUGUCUGCUGCCUUUGUUCCUGCUAUACCAGUGCUGAUAUUUGUGUGGUUUUGCCCCGAGUCGCCAAGAUGGCUUAUGAAGAAGUAUCGCUACAAGGAUGCCUUCGCGUCUUUCUGUCGCUUGCGCAACACGGAAUUGAUUGCCGCUAGAGAGCUGUACUAUGCACAUUGCCAGGUAGUCACUGAGCGCGAUGCAUUCUCGGGCAAAUCUCUUGCCCAUCGAGUUUGGGAGCUAUUUACUGUACCCCGCCUCCGUCGAGCGAUGAUCUCGAGUGCAAUCAUCGUCACAUCGCAACAGUUUUCCGGUAUCAAUAUUAUGAGCUUUUACUCGUCCACUAUCUUUUCGGAGGCUGGAUAUUCAACGCGAGAUUGUCUACUUGCCUCUCUUGGCUUCGGUUUGGUCACAUUUGUCUUUGCCCUACCAGCUGUCUUUACCAUGGACACUUUCGGUCGACGCAACCUUCUCUUGUUUACUUUUCCAAAUAUGGCUUGGUGUCUCCUGGCGGCGGGCUGUUGCUUCUUGCUACCCACGGGGUCUGAAGCCCGAGUGCCUCUAAUUGCCUUCUUUGUCUACCUGUUUUCGGCAUUUUACGGACCAGGGAUCGGGCCUAUUGCCUCGAUCUAUUUCAGCGAGGCUUUCCCGCUGUCCCACCGUGAACUGGGGGCCGCCUUCACGAUUUGCGUCAAUAACUCGAUAGGAAGUGCUCUCAGCCUUACAUUCCCAUCAUUGUUAAAGAAGACAACGCCCACUGGUGCUUUCGGAUUCUAUGCGGGAUUAAACAUUCUCGCUUUUCUCAUCAUCUUCCUCGUCGUCCCUGAAACAAAACAACGUACGCUUGAAGAACUCGACUACACCUUCGGUGUUCCGAUAAAGACACGCGCGGUAUCAGACUGUUUGAAAGUUCUGCAACUCACCUACAUUCUUUAUUUUUUUUUUGCAUUUACCAUCGGGAUGUCGCUCACUUACGAAACCGUCGCACUCCAAGUCCAGGGUGUAAACCUCGAGGUUUCUACAGUUCACAGUUUGACUUCUAAAACACCAAUUUUAUUCCUGCAUGGUUUUGGGUCCUGCAAAGAGGACUUGGCAGAUGUACAUAUCCACCCGUAUCUGAAACAGUAUGGGUAUAUCGCCUACGAUGCGCCAGGGUGUGGUCAGACCAAGAGCGAUACGCUCUCCGCUACCGACAUACCUUUCCUUGUCGCCACUGCAGAAGCGUUUCUAGAAAACUUCAAAAUCACUCGCUUUCACUUGAUGGGCCACUCCAUGGGUGGGCUCACAGCGCUCUACCUGGCGCACCGCAACCCCGACCGGGUGUUGAGCUUUGUGGAUAUCAAGGGCAAUUUGGCCCCGGAAGACUGCUUCCUCAGCAGACAGAUCUUCACAUUCAAAUCAGAUGACCCCGAGGAUUUCUUUAAUGCCUUUAUCGACCGGACCCGGACCAGUGGGUCUUACGGAAGUGCCCUGUAUGCGAGCACUCUCCGGGCGCGGGUUCGUGUCGAAGCAGUGCGACCGAUUUUCGAAUCGAUGGUCCAGUUAUCUGAUGAGGCAGAUCUGCUAGGAAUGUUCAUGGGGCUUCCCUUCCCGCGAAUGUUCAUGUUCGGAUGGGAGAUGAGAGGGUUGUCGUAUCUCGAACAGCUAAAGAAGGGGGGUGUGGAAUUAGCCCAGAUCGAAGAGUGUGGACAUUUUCCCAUGUACUCCAGCCCGCUGGAGAUGUAUCGUCAGGUGUCGAUAUUUCUAGAUAUGAUUGGGCGCAAUUAG